AUGUCUGAAGAAGCCCCCAAAUUUACCACCAUUGGAAGAGGUGGUGCUGGAAAUAUAGUCAAAACUGACAGCAAACCAAGCAGUCCCAAAUUAAUCCCUAUGGGCAGUGACACUCCUCACAUUCCUGAAUCUCAACCAAGAUACACCACAGGAAGAGGUGGUGCUGGUAAUAUGGUCAAAAAUGACGAUCCUGACAAGGCCAGACUUGCCCAGGAUAUUGAACCAGUUACAUCAAAUGGAAGUGGUAAAGUCAAAUUGUCCCCAAUCAAAAGUAUUGGAAGAGGUGGUUAUGGAAAUAUGAUUGAUACCACUCUAUCACAAGAUAAACAAAAACCUGAAAAAAAACCCUCAUUAUUUGAAAAAAUUAAAAAUGUCUUCAAAUAA